AUGUCGGACUUGCAAAUCAAGCCCUUCAUUCGCUUCGCCAGGAUCCAAGGGUCAUCAAUCUUAGAAAGAGAUUUCAGCACAGCCGGGAACCUUGUCAGUGAUCAGCAUAGGAGGUUACUUCCCCAAAAUGUGGAAAAGAUGAUGUUCAUCAAAAUGAAUUACCAGUUCCUUGAGGAAGACCUUUCCUGGCAAUUACAUCCAAAAAAUACAGAGGCACCUGCAAUGGUAGAUUCCAGGGGUGACAAUUUAAUAUUGUGUGAAGUAGAGGAUGUGCAUACUGAUGGGGGUGUGGAACUGGAUGAUGAUGAUGAUGAUGAUGAUGAUGAUGACAAUGGCUACAUCUUGUCUAUGUGGAGCCAGUUUAUGACAUUUCAAUUUAACCCAAAAUUGGGGAUUGAUAAUCCUGCUUUGUGCCUUGGAGAAGACCCAGGUUUAGCCCCUGAGCCGGCAACUCGGACCUGUGUGCUAAGAAAAGAUGCGAAUGGUCUAUUUGGCUUCCAUCUACACAUGGGUGGACGAGAUGGUCAUGUUGUAAGCCAUGUUGUUCCUGGAGGACCAGCUCACCUUGGCGGACUAAAAGAUGGAGAUCAGCUACUGCAAAUUAAUGGGGAGUAUGUACAUAAACAGGAGCACAUAAGGGUUGUGGAGAAAAUAAAUUCUUGUGAUUCCCGCAUAUCACUAACAGUUCUUGACAAGAACAGCUAUGAGAAAUUGCGCACUGAUAAUGUUUCACCAUUGUCCGUUCUUACCAACUGUCUUCCGGAGUCCUGCCCCAGACCACAGCUCUGCCUUAUACGGAAUGAGGGACGAGGUUUUGGGUUCACUGCUAGUGCUACAGGUGGUGUUCGUGGCACAUUUCUACUCACAGUGGAAGAUGGGGGUUCUGCACAAAAAGCUGGUGUACCUCAGGGAGCCCGACUUCUUGAUGUUAAUGGUGAAAAUAUCAUGAGCUUCACACUGAGUCAGCUGACCAAAAAGUUGCAACAAAAUACUUCAUGUGUGGUGCUACUAGUCCUGGAAUCAUCUGCAUUAGGAGUCUACGAAUCUCAUGGAGUUACACCAAGUAUAGCAUUAGCUGAUACAUCUUCAUUACUUUACAAAACACGGAAGCUUCACCUGGUGCGGGGUCCACAGGGGUACGGUUUCCUAUUAAGGCAAGAGAAGUGUCUAGGAGGACAUGGACAGUUCCUACGUGAGUUGGAUCCAGGACUGCCAGCAGAAGAUUCUGGAAUGCGUGAGGGGGACCGUUUGUUAGCAGUGAAUGGACAAAGUGUGAAGGGAAUGGAGCAUGAGGAUAUCGUCAGUCUCAUUCAGAACAGUGGAAACCAAGUAACUCUACUUGUCAUCAGUAAUGAGGGAGACAGGUUCUACAGUGAGAUUGGAGUUUCCCCUCUGCUAUUUUAUGAAGACAAGGUCUGCCACAAAAAUUCUGCUGAUGUCAUGGGUGACUUAUCUGCAUCUAACACUAUACAGGUAGAAGAAUCUUUGUCACAACCGGAGACAGAAAAAGGUAACACGGUGGUACAGAGCAGCGAGGAAUAAGAUGAGAAUUUUGACAAAUCCGGUUUGGCAGUGACCAGAAUCAUUUUUAUGGAGAAGACUCCAAAUCUCCUGCCCCAAUUUCUGCAUUGAUUGUCAAAUUAUUGAAAAUUUUUGUACAGUUGGAAUUUACACUUUAUAUAAUAUAUAUAUAUAUAUAUAUAGAUAUAUAUAGAUAUAUAUGUAUAUAUAUAUAUGUGUGUGUGUGUGUGUAUAUCUAGCAUUGCUAGACUUACAAAAUACCCAGAACAUGAAAUCCAAACACUUUAUGUACUAUCCCCAUAGAAAUAUUUACAGCAUACAGUACAUGUACAGCAUAUAAUAAAUUAAUUACCUGUAUGCGUGCUUCUUGUAAAUUAUACAUUUUAAACACAUAUUAGCAGCAUAUUACUCUGCCCCCAUUAAUUGCUACUAAUCUGUAUAAGCACAAUACUACACUACCUGCAAUUGUCACUCUACGUAUGUGGUACCUACAGUGCCUUGCUAAAGUAUUCACCCCCCUUUGCAUUUAUCAUGUUUUGUUGCCUCACAACCUGGAAUUAAAAUGGAUUGUUUGAA